AUGGAAAUGGUUCGCUUACAGAGGUCGAAAAAUGAUCUUUCGAGCUCCUCAUAUGGCAAACAAGAGUUUAAUAUAGAUACGGGACAGCCUGCUACAUCCAUGUAUUUGUCAAGUCUUGAGGAGAAGAUCACAGUCUUAGUGACGCAUCAGUGGCAGUACCUAAAAGCUGCAAGUUGGAUUCUGAUAUUGAAAGGUGGCACAAUAGUACAAUGUGGGACUUACAUUGGGCUCCUGGAAUCUGGGGUAGAUUUUGAUUUCCUUUUAAAGAAGAAUGAGCAAGAACCAUCUCCAGAUCUGGAAUCUUCUACCCUGAAGAAUCAGUCCAGACCCUUGAUGAGAGGUGCUGCUCCAGAGCUCCAAGAUACUGAGAAUAUAGAGGUCACACUUCCUUUAGAAGACCAUUUGGAAGGAAAAGUUGGUAUUAAGACCUACAACGAUUACUUCACAGCCGGUGCUCAAUGGUUUAUCCUCAUUUUCCUUAUUCUAGUGAACAUCGCAGCUCAGAACUGGCUCAUGCAGUUGUGGGAUCUAGCUGGGUGA